AUGGUGUGGUCUGUAGCCUGGGCAGGUGAGUGGGUGCUGCUUGCAGUCCCUGUGGGCUCUGCGGCAAAACUGGUCUGCUACUUCACUAACUGGGCCCAGUACAGACAGGGGGCUGCUCGCUUCUUGCCCAAGGAUGUGGACCCCAAGCUGUGCACCCACCUCAUAUAUGCCUUUGCUGGCAUGAACAAUCACCAGCUCAGCUCCAUAGCGUGGAAUGCUGAGACACUCUACAAGGAAUUUAACAGCUUGAAGAAGAUGAAUCCCAAGCUGAAGACGCUGCUGGCCACUGGGGGCUGGAACUUCGGCACUCAGAAGUUCGUGGAUAUGGUGGCUAUAGCCAAUAACCGACAGACCUUUGUCAACUCAGCCAUCAGGUUUCUGUGCAAAUAUGGCGUUGAUGGUCUCGACCUUGACUGGGAGUACACAGGCAGCCGGGGGAGCCCUCCAUCAGAUAAGCAGUGCUUCAUAGCUCUGGGGCAGGACCUGGCCAACGCCUUUCAGCAGGAAGCCCAGGCCUCAGGGAAGGCACACCUCCUGCCGAGCACAGCUGUCCCAGCAGGGCCACACUGCACAAAAGUUGGAUACGAGGGGGACAACAUUGCUCUGAACCUGGAGUUCCUCAGCUUCAUGGCCUAUGACUUCCAUGGCUCUUGGGAGAAGAACACAGGGCAUAACCCUCCGCCCCCCGACAAGAGACAGGGAGAGAGCGGGGCCGUGGCCGAAUUCAAUGUGGACUCUGCCAUGCAAUGGUGGCUGCAGAAAGGGACCCCUGCCAGCAAACUGAUCCUUGGCAUGCCCACCUAUGGAUGAUCCUUUACCCUGGCCUCUUUGUUGGACACCGGAGUGGGGGCCCAAGCCACGGGGCCUGGAACUCCUGGCCCCUUCACCAAAGACGGAGGACUCCUGGCUUACUAUGAAGUCUGCUCUUGGAAGGGGGCUGAUGAGCACAGACUCAAGGACCAGAAGGUGCCCUAUGCCUUUCAGAGCAACCAGUGGGUCUGUUUUGACGAUGUGGAGAGCUUCAAAAUCAAGGUCAGCUAUCUGAAGCAGAUGGGACUGGGUGGGGUCAUGGUUUGGACACUGAACAUGGACGACUUUGCUGGUUUCUUCUGCAACCAGGGCCGAUACCCCCUCAUCAAGAUGCUGCUGCUGGAGCUGAGUUGUCCAUAUAUGUCUUCAGGCCCCCCAGAGCCUGAAGUUCCUGCACCAGGCCAGCUCUCUGAACCUGAGUAUGGCUCCAGCCUCGGACAAGACACCUUCUGCCAGGGCAAAGCUGACGGGCUCUACCCCAACCCUCUGGACUGGUCCAGCUACUACAGUUGUACAGGGGGGUGGUUGUUCCAGCAAAGCUGCCUGAGGAGCCUGGUGUUCAGCUCCUCUUGCAAAUGCUGCACCUGGAGUUGA